AUGAUCAGCUCACUACUACCCAAACCCAAACAUGCGACAAUAAGUACCAUUGCUGUUGUUCUACCGAAAGCUAAGACUGCCUCCACAGCACUUUUACCUAACAUCCAAAAUGUUCCCAACAUCGUGAAUGUGGCGAGUUUGGACGCUAGCAACCCUCAUGAAUAUUCAAAAGCUGUUGUUGAUGUUUCAGGAAACAAGGCAGCAUCUCAAACAUCAUACGAGGAUUCGAUUCCAUUGAAAGAGAGAUAUCCUAACCUCAAACAUCAUUUUCCUCGGUAUACCUUACAAACAUGCCCAGAUGACAGUCUUCAACAGUGUCUAGAUGAGACCAGAAAAGUCGUUAACAUGCUAAUAGCUCAUGCUGAGGGUAUAGAGGAGAAGAAAGACGACGUUGAUGUGGUGGAGUUGAGUACUGGUGGAUUGUCAGACGAGGGUCGGGGCAGAACGGUCGAGAUUCGUAACUACCAGGAAGAUCCCAUGCUCCCUCCCAAAUUCAAGCUUCGGAAGAACCGUCACAAGAAUCCAUCUCCACCUCCGCCUAUUCUCAAGGCCGCUCCAGCGGAAAAGAUCACUAAAGAGAUAAAAGAUAAGUGGAAGAUCCCAUCUGCCGUAUCCAACUGGAAGAACAACCAGGGAUUUGCCAUUUCUUUGGGAAAAAGAGUUGUUGCUGCUAGUGGUGGGAGUUUGGGUGCCGAAUCAUCAAUAAAUGUAGAGAAAUUUGGACAACUUUCUCAGGCACUUGAACAAGCGGAUCGUCAGGCAAGAGAAGAUAUCAGUAUACGUAAUGAGCAGAGAAAGUUGGCUGCAAUUCGUGAGCAGGAGGAAAAACAGAAGAAAUUGAAGUCGUUGGUUGAGAAGUCGAGGGAAGCUACAGGCUCAAGACAGUACUCUGGUAAACGGAGAGGUUCUGAAACAUACGAUGCUCGCAAAAGAUCUAGAAAGUAA